UGUAUUUAUCACACAAUCUAUUCAUUCAAUUCAUUACAGCUAUAAUUGACAGCUAUUUUGGGCACAAAUCAUGUGAUUGUCAUUUGGUGUCAAUUCAUAACCGAUUGUGACAUUCAUUUUGAGCCCACUUUACGGCUAACUAUGAAUUAAUUGAGCGAUCAUUGGAUCGACCAUUGGAUCAAAUCGUGAGCCAAUUGUCUCGAUGAGUGUGUCAGUGAUGGCCACCGGCUAUACCUGUAUCAGACAUUUCCUGUGUUUCGUGAACCUCUUGUUUUGGGUGUUGGGCAGUUGUGUGUUAGGAGUGGGCGUAUGGCUCACCAUAUCGUACGAGACAUACGCGCGGAUCCUUCCCUCGUAUCACAUGCUGUCGGCCGACAACUUAGCCAUCGCUGUCGGAUGCCUCACAUUCUUCGUGGCCUUCUGUGGCUGUUGUGGCGCUUGGUUUCAGAACAAGUGUCUUCUCACCACUUAUUUGGUCUCAAUUGUCAUACUUAUGGUUCUGGAGAUCACUGUCGGAACGCUUAGCUUCGCCUUCAGAAGACAAUUGACAAACACUUUAAGAGAGGAACUCUUGGACGGCAUUCGCGACCGAUAUGUGUUGGACGACUCGAAUGGCAUCCGCGGCACUUGGGAUCAGAUUCAGAUGAACUUCGACUGCUGCGGUGUCAACAACUACACGGACUGGCACUCCAUCAGCGCCUGGCCUGACCACCAAUGGGUCCCCAACUCCUGUUGCAUUCCAGCCCUUCCUUCCAAUGAAACCCUUUAUGAGAUCGAAGAGAGCAUUGAAGAGGAGUGCGGACGACAUCCGGAGACUGAGUCGAGUCGCUACCGACGCCACGGAUGUUAUUACAAGAUCCGCCACUUUGUGCUCAAUAACCUGCAUGUGGUGGGCAUCACAUCCAUUGUCGUGGCAUUCAUCCAGUUCUUCGCGAUCGUCGGCGCGCUUCUCAUCGUGUGUACCAUGGAUUACAAGAAGCGGAACCGUUCGGUGUUCAGUCACAACAGUAGACCCACUUAUAAUCGAGUGCCCACUCUAUGAUCACUUCCAGUGCCCACUCUAUGAUCACUUCCAGUGCCCACUCUAUGAUCACUUCCAUUCAUUGAUUCCAAUGAUAUCUCUAAUUUAUACUUAAGUUUUCUAACAUUUUUCGGCUAAUUAUUGUGUAGUGAAUCUCUGGACAGCUUUUUCGAGUACAAAAUACUUACAAAAUGAAACUUAAUCUAUAAGUGCCUUAAAAUACAUAUUUUACUAUUUGUUCGGUACUUAUAACCGGUGGAAG